AUGGCUGCUUUUAAAAGUCUCCGUGACAUCAGUAAUAGUUUCGAACAUGAACUUCGUCGUAUUUCGCGGGAAUUAUUUUCCACUAAAGUCAGUGAACCUUUUGAAGACGUUGUUGCUAAGAAAAUACAAGAUUUAUCAUUAUUUUAUUCAAAAUUACGACUCCUACAAGCCAAACCUUUAGCUGUGACUCCACAAGUAACGGAAUGUAAUAAAAGCGAGCACACAAUAACGGAAUAUGGGGAUACCGUUAUGUGGAAAAUUAUAGAACAUCAGGUCGUGAAGAGUUUAACGCAAACACAUACUAUAAAGAAACUUAUAACGACACCUAAUAAUAGCUUGGAUCCCGAGUUGGUCGAAAGGAAGGAAAAGAUAGUAGAUCAAUUAACAAAAUUCCGCCAACAAGAAAGUCAGCUUCGUCACCUAGAAGCCGUUUUGAAGGAGAAAGAGGAAGAACUUAAAGAAUCUCAAGAAAAGUGGCACAAUGUACUGUGUAGGUUGAAAGAGAGUAGGAAAUUACCGCAAGUAGAGGAAAAUAGUUCUGGACCGUUGUACAAAAAACUUAAAGUGCUUAUCGAUAAAAUGGAGUUAAUGAGAUGGCUGAUUUCAAAAUUGGUUACAUCAAGAACCGGUGAAUAUGACUGGAUCGCUGACCCUCAUCGGAGAUUCAAAGCUUUGGCGUUGGCAAGACAGAAACAUACAAUACAGAAUUAUACUGAAUCAUGA